CAGCAUAUCCCCCUUAAUCCUUGGGGAGGGAGCUGUUGUGCACACCCCAGCAUCCCAGGGCUCCCUGAAUCGCCAUGGAUGAGGAAGCUGAGGAGGAGCCUGGGUUGGACAGGCCUGUAGCCUCCAGAGACUUCAGCUUUUACCACAUGGACCUGUAUGACUCUGAGGACCGACAACACAUCCUCCCUGAAGAAAACACAAGCAUUAGGAGAGAAGUAGGCCAAGCUGAAGUCGGCAGUGAGCCGGGAGGGGCAGGGGAAGCAAAGGUACGAGGAGACCUUCAGGGGCGAGUGGGUGAGCUUGUCCAGUUAUAUGGCCUCGAAGAUGACCAUGAACUAGGGGACGAGGUAGUCGAUGAAGACAGAAUGGGGGUUCCUGGGUAUCCCCCCUAUGGGGUGCAGAGAGACCUCGGGCUUAGUGGAGAGGCCGAGGAGCCGGGCUAUGGAGGCUGGGGCUCCGCAGGCCAGUGCCGGGACGCACGGGAAGCCUACCGGUACACGCACGGCCGGGCCAGCGAGGAGUACGAGUGCUACGUCAUCCCGGAGGAGGAGGAUGAGGAGGAAGCCGCGGACGUCUUCUGUGUCACCUGCAAGACUCCGCUCAGGGCUGCCGAGAGGGACUCGCCAGCACACAGGGACCACCACGUGACCCCGCUGGACAAGGCGCUGGAGAGUGCCAGGGAUGAGAUCCACAGGAACAUGUACCGCCUGGAACAGCAGAUCAUCGACAUGGAGAACUUCGCAAGCCACCUGGAGGAGGUUUUCGUCACGGUGGAGGAGAACUUCGGAAGACAGGAACAAAACUUUGAGUCCCAUUACAACGAGAUCUUGGAAACGCUUGCUCAAAACUAUGAGGAAAACAUACAGGCUCUCGGGGAGAGAAAGAAAGAGAAGCUGGAGGCCCUGUACGGACAGCUGGUCAGCUGCGGAGAGAGCCUGGAGGCCUGCAAAGAGCUGAUGGAGGCGAUGGAGGAGGUGUGCCACCGGGACAAGGCUGCCUUCUUAAAGGACGCGGUGGCCAUGGCCGACAGACUGGGGAACUUCCUGAAAACACAGACCCAUGUGGAGAUCUCUGCACAACCGGACUUUGAAGACCAGACCUUGGACUUCACUGAGGUGGAGCAGCUGAUGGGGUCAAUGAAUGCCAUUCCAGCUCCCUCCGCUCCGGUGAUAAAUCGGCAGGCCCCCAACUCGGCCACCAGCUCCUCUGUCCGGGUGUGCUGGAGCUUGCACUCCGACGACACGGUGGAGCGCUACCAGCUGUGCUACCGGCCUGCGCAGGACAGCUCUCCCCACAAGGACCACGCGGGGAAAGAAUUUACAGUGACAGUCAAAGAAACAUACUGCUCGGUGCGAAACCUUGAGCCCAAUACGCAGUAUGAAUUCUGGGUCAUAGCAGAGAACAGGGCAGGACCCAGCCCAAGCAGUGAAGUCGCCACAUACGUGACAGCGCCCUCUCCGCCGGUGAUAAGGUGCGAGGAGAUCAGGAGCUGUGAGGGGGCCGCUCUCAUCAGCUGGGAGUCCGGGAGCCUGCGCCCGGUGGACUCCUACACUGUGGAGCUGACGCUGGCAGCGACUCCGCAGGCCUCGGGCGUGACCGAGUCGGUUGUGGGCAUCCCAACCUGUGAGUCCCUGAUACAGCUGCUGCCUGGGCAGCGCUACACAGUCUACGUGCGGGCCCUGAACGUGGGAGGCUCCAGCGCCAAGAGCCAGCCUGCCACUGUCCACACAACAGGAAGCGUCUUCCACCUGAACAAGGACACCUGCCACCCCGCGCUGACCAUUUCUGAGGACGGGUUGACGGUGCUUCGAAGCGAAAGGAAAACCCCAGCCCGGGAGCCACUGCCCAGCCAGAUCCGCUUCAGCAGGUGUGCUGCUGUCAUGGGAAAUCUAAUCCCCUUCCGAGGCCGCCAUUACUGGGAGGUGGAGGUGGAUGAACACUCUGACUACACCGUGGGCGUGGCCUCUGAGGACAUCCCGAGACAGGAGGACCUCGGGGCAAGCCCGCAGGCCUGGUGCCUGAGGCACACAUUCUCCUCAUCCAGGCACAAAUAUGAAUUUCUGCACAACGGGAAAACACCAGACAUAAGAAUAACAGUAGCACCGAAGCAGAUUGGUGUCCUGUUAGAUUACGAGAAGUCGAAGCUGUCCUUCUUCAACGCGGACAGCGCUCAGCACCUGUACACCUACAGCUGUCAGCUUCACCGGCCUUGCUGGCACCCUCUUCUCUGUUCCUGCCCUCUGCCAGCCACGGUUGCCUUGGAUUCGAGCACUGGGUGCCUCAUGUAAUUUGUGUCUUGUUAGUAUCUGGCAGACUGGCAUGCAGGGUCCUUUCACCUGACCCAGAUGCUGGGUCCAUGCGCCCUUACCUACUUGGCACUAGGGUGGCCAUGAAAGAGGAGGGGUGGACUCAAUGAACCCGAAGGGCUGCCACGUGCUCAGCACACCCAUCUGAGCACACGCAAGCACUCAGCACACCCAUCUGAGCACACGCGAGCACUCGGCACACCCAUCUGAGCACGCCUGAGCAUUCAGCACACCCAUCUGUGUACCUGCGAGCAUUUUGAGUCUGAGGCCUCAGGGGCUUGGGGGAGGAAGGUCUUGAUGGCUCCAGAAGCUCCUGUGCACCUGGGACAUUUCAACCGCCCCUGGGGACGCCCUUGAGGACAAAGCUGUCAGGAGAUGGGGAGCCCUGAGUCCUCAGCGCCCCUGGAAGCCUGGUCCCCCCUUCCAGGCUCUGGGCCCCUCCCCAUGGCACUGCUCCCAACAUGCUGACCUAACGCCCCUAGGAUGCCUCUCCCGUAAAGGCUGUCCACACUGCCCUGGAGCUCACAUGUAACAGGUACACCAAAUAAAACACGCUGAGUAAA